AUUUAUCAAGGUGUAUUUUUUAAAUAUUUUUCUAUAAAAUUAGCAUGUUUGAUGCCGAUUUUAGUUAACAUCUAUCCUUAUCAUACCGGAAAAUAAUGUCUGAACUUCAGAAAAGACACCCCAAACGUAAAAUAGGAAGACUUUAUGCAAAGGCGGUUUUUACAGGAUUUAAAAGAAGUCUAAGAAAUCAAAGAGAACAUACUUCUUUACUACGUAUUGAAGGUGUGUUUAAAAGAGACGAUACAAAAUUUUACAUAGGGAAAAAAUGUGCAUUUGUUUACAAAGCUAAAAAAAACUCUGGAAAUAAAUCUAAAUCUUAUAAAGCCAUAUGGGGGAAGGUAACUAGACCACAUGGUGUAAGUGGUGCUGUCAGAGCGAAGUUUAGAAAAAAUUUACCACCUCAAGCUAUGGGUAAAAGAAUUAGAAUAAUGCUCUAUCCAUCAAAUAUAUAAAUAAUUAUAUUAUUUCUUAUGCAUGGCAAACUUUAUUUUGAUCUAAUAAACUAUAUUUGGAUUAUGAUAA